UUUAAAAAAAAUAGAAAAAAUGAUAUAAAUCCUCUUUAAUUCUCCAACUAUCAACUAUAGAAAAUUCCAAAAAUACUAUAAAAACAAUAUUAAAGAUUUUUUUAUAUUUAAAAAAAUCGAAAAAAUUAUAUAAAUACUCUUUAAUUCUCCAACUAUCAACUAUAGAGAUAAGGAUAAAAGACCGUAUCAUUCUCACGCCAACUUUCUUCUUAUUCCUCUUCGUCUAUAAAUACCUCCUUUCCUCCCCCACGUAACCAACAAAACCCUAUCACCAUUUCUUCAACUAUUCACUCAAAAUGACCACCACACCCAACUGGAUUCGAGGUGCUUGCAUCGGCAAAGGCUCAUUCGGCACCGUGAAUCUCGCAGUCGACAAAUCCAACGGCACCAUCUUCGCCGUUAAAUCCGUCAAACAAAACAGCGGAUGCUUCUUAGAAGCUCUGGAAAACGAGAUUGGCAUUUUGAAAUCACUGAGUUCACAUUACAUCAUCGGGUACCGCGGUGACGACGUGACCGCGGAACCCUCUUCGGUACCAUACCGAAACCUACACAUGGAGUACAUGCCAGGGGGCACCGUUGCUGAUUUGAAUGUAUAUGAUUUGGAUGACGUCACCCUUCAGAGUUACACGCGGUGUAUAACGUCAGCAUUGAGUUACCUUCAUUCCAAGAAAAUAAUUCAUUGUGAUGUGAAAGGAAAAAAUGUCCUUGUCGGUUCGGUUCAGGGUGUUGCCAAGCUGGCGGACUUCGGGUCCGCUGUGAAAUCAGACGGUCGGAUUUCGGGAACUCGUGGUAGUCCGCUAUGGAUGGCGCCUGAGGUCGUCCGUGGCGAAUACCAAGGACCGGAAUCCGACGUCUGGUCUUUAGGUUGUACGGUGAUUGAAAUGAUCACCGGAAAGCCAGCGUGGCAAGACAGGGGAGUUGACACUCUGGUUCAAAUUGGGUAUUCGUUAGAGUUACCAAAGUUACCAGCUCAAAUAUCCGAUGAGUUAAAAGAUUUUCUCUCCAAGUGUUUAACACGAAGCGUUUCAGAAAGAUGGAGCUGUGAUCAGCUGCUACAACACCCGUUUCUGUUAUCCUGUUCCACCUUACAAUUCAACGACAAAAAGUGGUCCCCUAGAUGCGUGUUCGAUUGGUCCGAUACGAAUUUUUCGGAUGAUAACAUGUCCGAGGUAGAUAAUUCGCAUGUAAGUUCAAACUCAUUGGAUGUGUUACACAGGAUUAGUGAAUUAUCAUCUGAUUUUCCAUCGAACUGGGAAUCCGACGGCUGGGAGACGGUGAGGAAUGCUGUAGUCACCGUUGAUUUAUCAAUUUCCGAUGAGGAAAUGACGGUGAGUUUACCGGAAUAUUCGGAACCGGUCGAGGAGAAUAAUGAUGAUGAAGAAUGGACAAUAAGCAGAAGUGAAAGGACAAAUGGAGAUUCAAAUGGGAGGAUUCAUAAUUAUGAUCAAUGUACCAACGACCAUGCGCAGGGUACAAGUAGUGGUUGGAAUAGUAGAGACACGGAUCAUAAUUACAGUUGUUGUAUGCUUGUUUUGCUGAAUUGUUUAUUAUUGUUUAAUCUGAAUUCAUCCGACACAUUUAUUAUUAAAUUCUCUUUUUGUUUAAUUCUGGACCAGUUUCUAGUUUCUGAUCUUAUUCCAAUUCAUUACUUUCGUAUUGAUUACUUACCAACAUUUUUAGCUAAUGAAGACUUGCAGCUUUGCAAGUCAUAA